AUGGAAAUUACUGCUAUUCUUACAGAAAAUAUUACGCCUAACGUUCCGCCAGAUGUUUCUUACGAAAUUUCUCCACAAGAUCAAGCACUUUUUAUCACGACCAAAAUAUGUGAAAAUAAAAAUUUUAUUGCAUUUUCAAAUAAAGGAGAUUCAACUAUAUUUGGUACAACUAUGAAAACAGGAUCUAGAACAAGCUUUACUCGUCCAAAACGUGGACGACCAAAGAAUAUUUUGUUUGAACAAUCAUCUAAUGAAUUACAUCAAACUCUUUCAAGUGACACCUCUCCUAGGAUCGAAUUUCAAGAAUCAAUACCCCCUUCUGAAGAUGAACAGGAAGUGCUUAAAGCAUUGUUUGCAUAUAAAGCAUCUCUUAAAGAUUCGCUUUUCUUUAUAACUUCAACACCUUCCUCGCGUGAUAUUCAACGAUAUACUGAUCAAUUCAAAAAAAAGAAAACUCAACGUUCAUUACAAGAUGUUAAAACAGAUUUAGCAUAUUUUCCACAAGAGUUACAUAUUGUUAAAGAUAAAUCAAUAAAAGUAACAAAUUCCAUUGAUACAAAUCAAAGGAAAGUUCAAUCUGACCUAAAUUUAACAUUUGGACAAUUAUUAGAGCAAGAAGGUAGAGAAAAGACUAAAAAUGUGGAACAUGAGAACGAAAAUGAGUUUGAAAAAGAUUCAAAUAUGGAACAAGAUCUAGAGGAUGAAGAAUAUGAAGAAGCUGCGGAUUAUUUUGAAAAUUAUUUUGACGAUGGAGAUGAUGAUGCAUUUGAUGAUGAUGGAGGAGGAGGUGAAGGGGAAGCAUAUUUUGAUUAA